AUGGUCAUCAAUCCUGAAGCGAGCGGCAUGAAUUUCCCUCCGAUAAACACUCCCGCCGGCUUUAUAAACGGAGGAGGCAUCAUCAACGCCUCCAGCUCUACGAAUUCCAUAUCCAACCUGCCCAGCAUUGUCACCAGCAGUCCACUGCAGUCUCUGUGCUGUCUGGUGGAGAAUGGCAUCAAGUGCUCUCGGCCUUCGGGCAAUGCAUCCUACUCGAAACGGAUCGAGAAACAGGUGACGCAACGGAAACUUCGGUUAACAGUUGACCGACACACCCCGCACACGUACAUCUGCGAGCACCAUAAGCAAAUCAUUCAAUCCAUCCGCACCAGUGGCAAGCGCAAGCGAAAGGACGAUGACAACGGACACGACGAUGACCUGUCGAAUGACGUUCACGACCGGAAUGACUCCUACGCAUCGGGCCCGGCAAGAGCAUUCAACACCACCGCCUACGAUAUUGACCUGCAAACACUGCAGGUGAACACCUUACGGCGCUACAAGAAGACCUUCCGCGUGCAGACGAAGCCCGGUCUGAACAAGACUCAACUCGCUGAGGAACUAACCCGACACUUUCGCAUGAAUAUACGGGUCGAUGAGAAGGAGAUCAUCCACAACUUCAUGAGCAACAUCAAGUCCAACAACAACAAGGCGGAAUUUAAUCCAAACAGCAAGAAUGACUAA